AAAUAGAAAACCACACCCACCAACCCCACUAUAUAAAAGAGAAGAGAAGAGAACGAAUGUAUUUUAUAUAUAAAGAGAGGAACAGAGUGGUAGUGCUGUUGGAUUCACAAAUGGCUUCAAGGUUGCUGUGGGCUUCAAAGGCUGCUUCCUACCUCAGAAUCCAAGUGACCCACCGAGGGUUUGCUUCUGUUGUGAAGGAUCUUAAGUAUGCCGAUUCUCAUGAGUGGGUUAAAGUCGAUGGAAACUCUGCGACUGUUGGAAUAACUGAUCAUGCUCAAGAUCAUUUAGGUGAUGUUGUUUAUGUUGAGUUGCCUGAAGUGGGGGCUGCUGUGAAGCAGGGUGAAGGUUUUGGAGCGGUUGAAAGUGUCAAGGCAACAAGUGAUAUUUACUCUCCUGUGUCAGGAAAAGUGAUUGAAGUCAAUGAAGAGCUUGGCAACUCCCCUGGUUUGGUCAACUCAAGCCCAUAUGAGGAUGGAUGGAUAAUUAAAGUCGAGAUAAGUGAUAGCGGUGAAGUGAAAAAGUUGAUGGACUCAGAAAAGUACACCAAGUUUUGUGAAGAAGAAGAUGCACAUUGAUUGAUCCAGGCCAAUGGCAGCAGGCACUCCUCACAAAAUGGGUUGCUUGUGCAUAGAAUGUAACAGGGGUAGUCAAAAGUGCAAAUUCAGCUUUCCACAUUUAUUCUGUCUCUUACACCGCCUUUCUUCCUCAUGAGGAAUCAAUUUAUUGGGAUUGUUGUUUCUAUCUGGAUAAUGAAUGAUCAGUUUUGUCUUUCACCUGUUUGGUCUGUCCUUUGGAUAUUGUGGCAGAUGUGGGAUUUGUUAACUGUUCAUUGCUGAGAAUGAGAUGAAGUGCUACAAGUUGCAGUAGGAAUAAUUUGAAACA